AUGGAUGACUUCAACCACUUCGUCGAUAUGCCGACCUCUGAGAGCUCCAUUCGGUACAUGUAUGCGGAAUCAGAUCAAUAUCUGGACGCACACUCUUCGGGAUCUCAAAGCUCAGUUAACUCACCAUACAAUAUGGCUUCCCUAAUGGACCCCAACAUGUAUUCUGGCGUCUAUCAAGGCCUGGAGUCGGAAGAUGAGUCCUCGCAGCAACCGACCCAAGAGCAGAAGCCUAAAAGGAAACGAGAAAACCGGUAUAAGAAUGCCCCUCCGUCUGUCCUAUCGCGUCGAAGAGCCCAAAACCGCGCUUCCCAGAGAGCUUAUCGGGAACGCAAGGACCAACGGAUAAAGGACCUCGAGCAGAUGCUCAAUGAGGCCAAACAACACAACAAUACCCUUGGCCAGGCCUACGCUGCGCUCGAGGCAGAAUAUGAGGCGCUCAAAGCUUCUCAGUUCAAGGAUAUUGGUUACACAACCACCAGCAACCUGGCUUACCAGCAUCCGCCGCUGCCAACAACAAGUACGGCAAUGAGCAGCACUGGCUUUGAUCUGGACUUGUACGCGUACCCUGAGUUGAGCACCAACGGUGGAUAUCAUAUGUGA